AGCAUGUUACAGCUUUUUCCGCCGUCUCUACCUCAGGAUACGCUGGCUCUGAAAACCCAUGCUUCGCUGAUUUAAUUUUAAAAAAUCUCAAUAAUUUUAAGGUGUUUUCACAAAAACGACAUUUCGAGAGGAUAACACAAAACUUACCAAUGCAUUAUUUUUGAGAAUUGUUCACCUUUUUUUUUUUUUUGGACUCCAUCAAAUAGAGCGUAGUUUUCUACUCCUAGACGACCACCUGAAGCCGGCGCAGCAAAGACUCACUGGCAGCCUGCAACAGAAGAUGUUUUCUCUAAGUCCAGCUCCUCGUCCUGCACUGUUACUGCUUGUCCUGAUGCUUAUGAACCUGAACAUCUCUGCCUUCCCUCAACCCUUCCAAAGAAUAUCCCCUUCAGAUGGUCAGGAUUCUAUACAGGAGCAAUGGAAGAUCCUUUACCCUUCCAUCUCACUCCGUGACUGGAGCGUCCAAAUGUUGUCCAGCCCAGACUUCGCAGGAGCAGAGACAAAAACGGAGCCUGUGGAUGAGUGGAUCCCCCUCAGCCAAUCACAGAUGGAGGAGAAACUGAUGAAGGAAUGGCCAGGAGACUGGCAGCAGCGGGCGGGCAACCAGGCGAAGAGGAACAUUGUGGUGGCAGAUGAUGCAGCAUUCAGAGAGAAGAGUAAGCUUCUCACAGCCAUGGAGAGGCAGAAAUGGUUAAACUCAUACAUGCAGAAACUGCUCGUGGUUAACUCGAAGUAAAAAAGCGUAAAAUAUGUAAAAUGUAUUAUUACUCUAAAUCAAAACAGACAGUAUGCUUGAUCAUGUAAAAUAUGUGUUCAUCAGUGUAAAGAAGCCAGACACUGUCUAGUGUGAUGAAAUGCUCCUAUGUAUGAGUGUUUGCUGAUGCUUGUUUGUUGUUGUAAGUUAAUAAUGAAAUUGCAAAAACAGUUGCUAACUUGUUUGAUUUUACUUCUGUAGAAUUGUAAGAUAUUUUAACCACAAAACAAAUGUAACACAUAAAGCAUGAUUUGC